AUGGACGCCGAUAUCUCAGACAUCCUCGCCUCAGUCUCGGCGCCAGCCAUAUCCAAACGAGCUCUGGACUUGCAGGCUUUGACACGAGCAUGGAUCAACGAGAGAAGCUCGCCGGAGUUGCUGCCGUAUCCUACCGAGCUGAUCGAAAGGAGCACGCAGGGCGUCAAGAGCCAGAUUGAGGUUAUAGAGCAGAUGACUGGUGCCAUGGAUCCUACAUCGAACUUUAAGCUCGUUAUAUUGCAGACGGAACUUGAGCGGGUCAAAUUCUUGUUGAGAUCGUUCUUGAGAGCGAGGAUAGCGAAGAUCGACAAACAUCCACUGCACUACCACUCAGUCGCUACCUCUGCGGACCUAGGCGAUCAACCGAUCCUAUCGAAGCUCGAAUCGCAGUAUCUGGUCUCCCAUCAGGCCCUACUAUCCUCACAUUACAACGCUUCGUUCCUCUCGCUCUUUCCUGCUCAACUACAAAAACUGGAUGACCCGACGGGAGGGGUCAGCAUGGUGGACAAGCCAGAUGAGGAUACAGCAGUCUUCUGCAGAGUUCUGAGGGAUGGCUAUGUGUCGAGGCCGCCGGAUGAUGAUAUUGAGCUGAAGAGAGGGGAUGUCUGGGUCUUGAGGUGGACUACGAUACGAGAAAAAGUGAGGAGUGGGGAUGCAGAGUUGAUAUGA